GGCGCUUAUUUCUGCUUAGAGCUCGCCGUUGAGCAUGGCGAGCGCCCAUCUUUCGACUCCGUACUCCUCCUCUCCAUUCUCAGAUUCACUACAGUCCCUACACUUAGUUCUUUAGCUCUUAUACCCUCUAUUUGCUAAGAGAGUAUGGCUCAAGCGUCCCUUCCUCCCCUCAAUCCAUUACUGAAAGUCAGCGGCAAGAGGACGCAUGCUGUCUUCGCGUCAAGCAUAGAUGAUAACCUGAAGGAUGAGGAGAAAAGUGCACGCAUACGGUUGUCUGUAAAGAUUCAAGAUGAAUACGCGGAUUACAAAGAGCUGCCCGCUCCAUUACUCGCCCAGCAGGGCCCUGUAGGGCCGUCAAGACCAAAAGAACAGAGGAAGAUGAUUACAGCUGGUCCAUCAUCGGACGCCAGUAAGAUAAUUGCUACUAUCGACAACACUCCAACACCCCAGCCAUCCACGUUCACCUCAUCAAGUAAUCUCUCAAAAGCCCUCCAGCUGCACAAAACUACGCGAACAAUCAAACCUACAUUCCAUCCACCAUGGAAACUCAUGCGUGUUAUCUCUGGACACUUGGGUUGGGUACGGAGUGUUGCUGUGGAGCCAGGAAAUCAAUGGUUCGCGACAGGUGCAGGAGACCGUGUAAUCAAAAUUUGGGAUCUGGCGUCAGGAGAGCUGAAGUUGUCGUUGACGGGACAUAUAUCCACUGUGCGUGGACUAGCCGUGUCAUCGCGGCACCCGUAUUUGUUCUCGUGUGGUGAGGAUAAGAUGGUGAAAUGUUGGGAUCUUGAAGCAAAUAAGGUUAUCCGACAUUAUCAUGGUCAUUUAUCAGGUGUCUACGCACUGUCUCUCCACCCAACCCUUGACAUUCUCGUUACCUCGGGGCGGGACGCUUCAGCAAGAGUGUGGGACAUGCGAACGAAAGCGCAGAUUCAUGUGCUCUCUGGUCAUACAGCGACCGUAGCGGACGUGAAGUGCCAAGAAUCAGAUCCUCAGGUCAUUACCGGAUCCAUGGAUUCCACAGUUCGACUGUGGGACUUGGCAGCGGGCAAAACCAUGGUGACUUUGACUCACCACAAGAAAUCAGUUCGCGCUCUCGCAAUCCACCCAACGGAAUACUCUUUCGCUUCAGCAUCAGCAGGUGGCAACAAUAUCAAGAAGUGGAAAUGUCCCGAAGGAACGUUCGUGUUCAACUUUAGUGGACACAACGCCAUCAUCAAUACACUCUCCGUGAACUCGGAGGGAGUUUUCUUCUCUGGCGGUGACAAUGGGACUUUGACGUUAUGGGAUUACGACACUGGUACCGCGUUCCAACAUAUGGAUGAUAUCCCACAGCCGGGUUCCCUCGAGGCAGAAGCGGGCGUUUUCUGUUCGACAUUCGAUAUGACGGGAACACGUCUGAUCACGGGUGGUGCGGACAAGACCAUCAAGGUGUAUGCAGAGCAGGCGCAAUAGAGUGUACUUGUGCUCUAGUUGUUGAUGUAUUGUAUGUAUAUUCGCUCUAUUGUAGCUUUUAUUCUAGCGUGUGCAGGGAAGUUCUGUUAUUGCUGAAUGGCCGAUGCUCUGACCGGAAAUGUAUGCGCAAUGUUCAGGGCCUUCAUGGUAGGUUGCUAUCGUUUUCAGAUUAACCACGUCUGUCUCCAGAAUCGGUGCGUCGUUGCUUCGCACUCAUUCGACUCAAGACCUCAUGGGCUUGGUUUAAACUCGGUGGAUAUACUCGGUGAUUGCGUACCCCCUUUCUAAGGAUAGCGCUUCUGAAGUUCUCUUACAAAGACUCUUAGGCAGCCCUCAGUCGCAUAUAUGUAUCAGUGAAGAUUCAGACCUCCCACGGCAUGGCCUCGUCUCACAUAAUCAUGCAUUGUAUUGUGGAGACUUCGCAAGCAUCUUCCUGGCCCCUUUCAUCCGCUAAUUCCCACCUUUCGCCCGUCUCUCCUGUUCCUUAAUUCCUGUGAGGUAUUCGCCAAGGAUCGGGCACAUCAUGGUGCAGCGCUAUAUAAAUAAAUGGGCUGGGAGUAAUACAGCAAGCCCUGCGUUGUAUACAUGAGAACAUUCAUAGUCGCGCUAAAACUAUCAAGCUACCUGCUGUUCUGUC